UUUAUUCUUCAUCAAAGCGCUGCUGUAGCGCUCCUCUGUCGCCAGGUGGUGCCCUCGGGCUCCUUAUACCUCGAGUAGGCUCCGGUGCGCGUCCGCGUGGGACAGCGGGUGCACAGAACGAGCGAGAAAGAACAUCUGACUCCAAACGCGCGCGCGCGCAAGGGAGGAUGCAGUCUCGGUUCAGACAACAGACGCGGAGCUAAAAAAGACGAAGAAGAACCGGGAGAACCGAGCCAACCCGCCGACACCGGAACCAUCGGGACCAGCAGCGGGCUGGGCAGCAGCCGCCGGGCCAAACCUCCUCCCUGUCGGUGUGACUGUGCUGCAAGCCCCGGAGAGGAGGAGGAAGAUGAAGAAAAGCAACCAAAGCAGGCGGGGUGUUCAGGACUCCGGUCCGCUGCCCGUCCAGCAGCCGGAGAAGGUGGGCUGGAUCCGGAAGUUCUGCGGUCGAGGGAUUUUCAGGGAGCUGUGGAGGAGUCGGUACAUGGUGCUGAGAGGAGACCAUCUCUACAUCUCAGACAAGGAGGUGAAAGAUGAACGUAAGGCUCAGGAAGUGUUCGACCUGGCUGAUUACGAGCGCUCCGAGGAGCUGAGGAAGGCCAAGAGCCGCAGCAAGAAGAACCACAGCCGCUUCACGGUGCUGCGCUGCAAGCAGCCGGGAAACACCGCUCCAAACCUCGUGUUUCUGGCUGUGAGCCCUGAGGAGAAAGAAUCAUGGGUAAACGCCCUCAGCAUCGCCAUCAUCAAAGCGAAGAACAGAGUUUUGGAUGAGGUGACCAUUGAGGAGGACAGCACGCUGGUUCAUCCCACCAGAGAUCGAGCAAAGAUCCCUUAUGGUCGCCGGCUGCCGACCAAAGGACAUCUCAUGGCCGUGGCAUCCACCUCUUCCCAUGGCAUGCUGACACUCGACCUGGUGGCCGAAGAGGAUGUUUUUUCACACGACUACGAUGGCGACUGGAAUAACAGCUUUCGGGUCGACCUGCAGGGGGGCGGGUCUUGUGGACAGAUUGGAGUAGGUCGUCAGCGAGCUGGAACAGACGUAUCAAAGCUGCGGAUGACAUCCAAGGAGCCCAAAGUGAAGACUAGCAGUCUGCCCAGGGGCAGUGAGCGGUCCUGGGGAAAGCAUCUGGAGGCCUCCAAGGUCCACAAGUCUCCACAAAUAGAGGUUCUCCAGGCUCAGUAUCGAACGCCACAGCCAGGGAAGAGGUUCAGUAUGCAGGGCCGGAGUCGCUGUGCCUCCAUGGAUGAAGUCCUCUCAUCCAGACCAGUAAUGAUUCGCUCAGAGUUCUGCUCUGCUGUUGGGCGAUGUCCAGCUGAAGUGGAAGCGGGAGUCGAGGCCUCGGCCCAGCCUUUGGGUCAGAUCCAGAGCCUUAUUGCCCAGAGGAUGCAGCGAGCUCAGGAAUUGCUGGAGGAGAUGAGACUGCAGGAGCUGCAGAAGACCAAAGCAGAGCGAGAACGAGAGGGCAGUUCACCUUAUCUGAAGGGCAUCAACUCUCCUCGACUCCAUCACCUCAGGGGCUCAGAGUCACCUCACUCCAGCAGGUCAUCGGGAUCUCCGAGGAGCCGGAGCAGCGACUCUCCUCGCCUCAGAGGAAGAGAAUCUCCUCGGUCCAAAGCCAAGAAGAAUCGGUCCAAAGGAACUGACUCACCUCACUCCAGAGGAUCCCAUGCAGCCGCUGCUAAAGUCAGCGACUCUCCCAGGCUGAGUGGCUCUCCUCGGUCAAAGAGCACCGAUGCAGCUCGAUCUCCAAAACUCAAAGGACCAUCCGCUGCCUCUCCCAACAAGCAAGGCAGCUCUCCAAUACAGAAGCCAUCCGACUCGCCUCUGAGCGUCGGACGAUCUGACUUCUCUCAGGUUAAAGGAUAUGGUUCGCCACAAGGCAGUGAGACCGACUCUCCUCAUCUAGGGAGCAAUGAGGAGUCUCCUCUUCAGAGCCAGAACUCCCCGACCCUGUCCAGAUCCUUCGAGUCCUCACAACCAACAACCCUUGACAGCCACCACCCCUCCCCACCUCCACCAGCCACCCAGCUGUCUGAGGAUAACUCGGAGGUGGAGCAGAGGCGUGCCGAGGCUGAGCGGCUCCUGGAAGAGGCUGUGUCCUCGUGGAAGGAGGCGCAGGAGGUCCUGCAGGAGGUGAAGGAGCUCCAGAGCCAGACGCUGCGGCGGCAGCGUAGGAGGACCUAUGAGAAGAUGGCAUCGGCAGCAGCGGCCGCUGGUAUACCUGCACCGAGCGGCGCGGCAGAAGAAAUGGACACGCUCAUCUCGCCGACAUCACCAGAGGACAAGGAAGAUUCAGAGACACCUGAACGAGGAGUUUGAGUGUUCAGCAGUGACUUCUCGAUGGAAGUAGCAGCGUUUCUUCAGCACGCAAACAGAAGCCUGCUUCAAACUCUGUCUCCAUGUUUUAAUCUGCGGACGGUGCACGUGACCACACAGAGCAGGAUUGUUUCUGGGAGGGUUAAUGGCUUAAUCCUCCACAGUGCACUAAACAGGAAGUGUGUGUGUGUGUGGCAGAUGUUUGACGCACACGUUUGACGGGGACCCUUUCCCCUUCUCUUCCUCCAAUGGUGCUGCAUGUUUAUCUUCUUUCUCCGUCCUCCUGAAGGCAAAAAGAUUUUCUGUUUAUCUGUUGAACAUUUUUGUUUUGUUUUUUUGAAGAAAACCUUUUCAAGAUAAGAUGUCAGCGUUUGUACAUCAAGAAACUUUUUGAAUUAGUCACUGAAGCACACUACGAGCACAGACGGGAGUCUGCUGGAAGUUUCCCCAGACUUUCACUCCGAUAAAACAUUCAUGUAUUUACUAAUGUCAUUGCUAAUCUUCAAAGUUGUUGCUCUCUGCUUUCACUGUAGCAGAGAUUCCUGUAAACGUCCUUCCAGCUCUUUUUAACCUCACAGGAUUUUUGUAAUCUGUGGAUUUUUCUCAAAAAUCAGGGAGUUUAAUGUUAAACAAAGACACGAGAAGCAAUAAUGACACAAAGUCUUUACCUGUUCAUGUGUUGCAGUUUACAAAAAAGAACUCAAACUCUGCAUUCUGCAAAAAAAGCGGAAAUUUAAUUUGCACACUUGAAGCCCAGCAGAUGCUGGAUAGCAUCAACCAAUAAACAGCUGACAUAUUUGUUGUACACAGUGAGACAUUUGCUUUAAUGAAACAUACAUGUGACAUAGAAAAAGGCUCAAUAAAGUCUAAUAAACAAACAAACAAAAAGUGUGCCAGCACAUCCACCAAAUAUAAGAAAUACGAGCCUUUAAUCAUCUACACAAUAAAGUUACUACUUCAGUAUAUUUACGUUCCUGUUUAUCUCUUUAAAUAUUAGUGUAGAUAAUUUACUAUUAAAGCUCAUAAAGAAUUUAGGAAUAUAAUGGAGACUUAAAGAUACAAAAAUUACAUGGAAAUUAUAUAAAUCAGCAAAACUAGUUAAUUGGAAAACAAGUAGGUAAACAAACCAAUGAGAAGGAUGAAUGAAUUUGUUGGUAACAAAUGAAUAAACAGUGGAACAGACACGUUAAUCAAAGGUUAAAAGAAAAUACAAUUAGUAAUGUCAGUUUGUGUUGCCUACAUAAAAGAUUUAUUACAUUUAGUGUUUUCAAGGCAAUUGAUUUGUUACUGUUUAUUCAUCAGGUUAAGUCCUUUGUAGUUUCUGUCCUCCAAAUAAACCCAUUUGGGUUUGUUGUUAAUCAUGUUCUGAAUACGAAUGUGCUGGCAGCUCAGGCAUAAACAUGCCCAACAUGUGAUGCAUCUGUUAAAUGUGUUUCACUGGCAGAAAUACCUUUCUGAGAUUGUUUUUGUUCAGCUGCACGAUAAUAAUCGCCCGUUUUUACCAGUUUAUCAGUGUAGCGCCAGAUCAUCAAAUAUUUACAGGAACUUUAAUAUACAAAGAAAUAUUCAUAAUCUGUACUGUAAACUUUGUUGUGUCACUAUGUGCUGAAUACUCAGAGACUAAUUUCACUUCUACAAAGCUCCACAUUUAUGCAUUUAUAAACUUUGAAGCAAUGAAAACUGUAACGUUAGCUGCAGCCAAACAGUUCAGUCUCCAGUUAAAGUUUAACGUGUCCUGCUCAUCUGCAGCAUGACUCCUCACACUGCAGAUACACACAACAGCCAUUUUAUUGGUCAGAUGGUGUCAUUAAAAAUGGCAUCAACGGCACAAACGCAGUCGGGAGGUCCAGUUCAGGGACUCAAGUUAGUCUCAAAUCACGAGACGCUACAGCAUUGGAGAUUUUUAUACCAGACUUUCACUUUAAGGUCCUGUCUCUUUGAACAGCCCCCAAAACCCCUGCAGAGGUGCAGCUCCCAGGGCACAGAGCUUUACCUCAUAGUCAAAGGUUUACGUGAAAUUCAAACUUGUACUUCCUCUGUAGGUUCUGGUACUGAAAGCUUGACAGCUUGAUUUGUGGUUCCUGUUGAACAGAUUUUAUUUCUCUUGAUCUUUUUGCACAUUUGAGCACUGAAAGACUACAUCACGCCAGAAAUCUUUGGACUAUGAGAAAAGAUUCUGAUGUAGUUUGAAUGACUGCACCUUGUUCCUUCACGUUUGUUAAAUUAUGGAAUACAUUAUUUAAAUGUUCUUUUUCUGAUGUAAAUCUGUAUGGUAAUGUUUUUGAAUCAUUGUAAACAGCAUUGCUUUCGAGGUAAAUGGCACCAAACGAACACUGAUGAUUUUCUUGUGGGGAGCAUCCAGGGCUCGUCUUCACAUGCAAACUACAAAUAAGCUAAACUGGUGGAGGGAUGAGAGUGUUCACCAGACUCUGUUCAUCUCUUUUAUUUGUGUUUACAGACAGCAGGAAGUAUCCUGUCAACAUGUCAGCUCUUUAUGAUUUAGGGCUUUUGGACCAUUAAAGCUUCCAUACUUUAGGCUGACAUCAUCAUACUGUCCACAUUUAUUCAUAGACAUCGCGCUCAGCUCCAGGUGUGUGCGCUUUAUGGUCAUGAAUUUCAUAGACAGCUGUGGAUUUCAUAUUUUUAGGUCUUUUUGUAUCGAGGGUAGAAACAGCCAAAUUCAGAAAUAUACAUAUAUAUUAGGGGUGCAACAAUAC